UGCUGGGUGCAGGCGUGUGCGGGCCGUGCGCAGAGAUAUCCACAGCAUCGCACAGCGGUGUGGUGAGAGGCUACUACCAGUUGGUGGGAUGGAUGUAGAUCGGCAAAAGCAAACAGGUGCUCAGCGGUCCCCAGCCCCCCAAGUUCCUGAAGUCGCUGCCAGGCUAAAGACAGCUUCUCCAGUCGGCUCAGUUGCGGAAGGGUGCCUUCCCCUGCUAAUUAGGGGUCACUUUGAAAGCAUUUCUUGAAGUUGAACUGCUUUAGUGGGGCGCGAAGGUGUGACUGUCACCAUGACCAUGGCAAUGGAGAAAGCCAAGGCUGAAGUGCCCCAGGAACCCGAGCAGUCCUUCCUGGCAAAUCUGAAUGACCCACAGGUGACCUUGCUGUCCGUCCGAGAGCGGUGGUCCUUCAGGAGGAACCCCGGGGCCAGGGCCUUGUCCAGGCCAGUGUCUGCAGAGGAAGGCUCCUGCUCUCCUCCCUCAGGGGGAGAAUUUCCACCGAGAGCUUUGAAUGGAACCUCGGAAAUAAGUUCCCAGCAGAUCUUACCUAAACUUUCUUUGCCUGCUCGCCCUUGGAAACAAGCAAUGAAGCAGAGUUUUGCCUUUGACAAUGUCGGCUACGAAGGGGGUCUGGACAACGUGUGCCCUUCUCCGACGAUCACCAGCACCAUCAGCGUUUUGGGCAUGACUUGCCAAUCCUGCGUCAAGUCCAUCGAGGGCAGGAUUUCUAGUUUGAAGGGCAUUGUGAACAUAAAGGUUUCCUUGGAACAGAGCAACGCAACUGUGAAAUAUGUGCCAUCAGUAAUCAGCCUGCAGCAGGUUUGCCACCAAAUUGGGGACAUGGGCUUUGAGGCCAGCGUUGUGGAAGGAAAGGCUGCCUCCUGGCCUUCAAGGACUUCAUCAGCCCAGGAGGCAGUAGUCAAGCUGCGGGUGGAGGGCAUGACCUGCCAGUCCUGUGUGAGCUCCAUCGAAGGCAAGCUGCGGAAACUGCAGGGCGUAGUGAGAGUCAAAGUUUCACUCAGCACCCAAGAGGCCGUGAUCACAUACCAGCCUUAUCUCAUUCAAUCCGAAGACCUCAGGGACCAUGUCAGUGACAUGGGAUUUGAAGCUGCCAUCAAGAACAAAGUGGCUCCCUUAAGCCUGGGACCAAUUGACAUCGGCCGGUUACAGAGUGCUAACCCAAAGAGACCGUCAGCUUUUGCUAACCAGAAUCUCAAUAAUUCUGAGACCCUGGGCCACCAAGGAAGCCACACGGCUACCGUGCAACUAGGAAUAGAUGGAAUGCACUGUCAGUCUUGUGUCUUGAAUAUUGAAGGAAAUAUAGGCCAACUCCCAGGGGUUCAACAUAUUCAGGUAUCCUUGGAGAACAAAACUGCCGAAGUACAGUACGACCCUUCUUGCGUCACACCUGUGUCCCUGCAGAGGGCCAUUGAGGCACUUCGACCCGGGAACUUUAAAGUUUCUCUUCCUGAUGGAGCAGGAGGGAGUGGAGCAGGUGAUGAGUCUUCAGCCUGCCAUGCCCCCGACUCUCCCGGGGGAAGCCACUUGCAGGGCCAGUGUAGCUCUCUAGUGCUCAGCAUCACUGGCAUGACCUGUGUGUCCUGCGUGCAGUCCAUCGAAAGCGUGCUUUCCCAGCGCGAAGGGGUGCAGCGAAUCGCGGUCUCUUUGGCUGCAGGGACUGCAACAGUUGUUUAUGAUCCCUCUAUAAUUAGCCCUGAAGACCUCCGAGCUGCUGUAGAAGAUAUGGGAUUUGAGGCUUCAGUGGUUCCUGAAAACCAUUCUACUAACCAUGUUGAAAGCCACAGUGCUGCGAAUGCCGUGCUGCAAACUCUGGGUGACCCACCUGUGUCCGUGCAGGUAGUGGCCCCCCACGCCAGGAGGCCCAAUAGGAGCCACAGCCCUGGCUACUCAUCACAUAUCCCACAAUCCACUGGAACAGCAGCUGCGCAGAAGUGCUUUUUACAGAUCAAAGGCAUGACCUGUGCGUCCUGUGUAUCUCACAUUGAAAGGAAUCUCCAGAAAGAAGCUGGUGUUCUGUCCAUCUUGGUUGCCUUGAUGUCGGGAAAGGCAGAGGUCAAGUAUAACCCAGAGGUCAUCCAGCCGCCCCAAAUCGCCCAGCUCAUCCAGGACCUGGGCUUUGAAGCAGCGGUCAUGGAGGACAAUGCAGGGUCAGAUGGCGACGUUGAGCUGGUUAUCACAGGGAUGACCUGCGCUUCCUGUGUUCACAACAUAGAGUCCAAGCUCACCAGGACCAACGGCAUCACCUGCGCCUCUGUGGCCCUGGCCACCAGCAAAGCCCGUGUGAAAUUUGAUCCAGAAAUUAUCGGUCCACGGGAUAUUGUCAAAAUUAUUGAGGAGAUUGGCUUCCAUGCUUCCCUGGCCCAGAGAAGGCCCAACGCUCAUCACUUGGACCACAAGAUGGAAAUAAAGCAGUGGAGGAAGUCUUUCCUGUGCAGCCUGGUCUUUGGCAUCCCUGUCAUGGGCUUAAUGAUCUACAUGUUAAUACCCAGCCACGAGUCUCACGAGACGAUGGUCCUGGACCGCAACAUCAUCCCGGGACUGUCCAUUCUGAACCUCAUCUUCUUCAUCUUGUGUACGUUUGUGCAGUUCCUCGGUGGGUGGUACUUCUACGUCCAGGCCUACAAGUCUCUGCGACACAGGUCGGCCAACAUGGACGUGCUCAUUGUUCUGGCCACGAGCAUUGCCUAUGCCUACUCCCUGGUCAUCCUGGUGGUUGCCAUCGCUGAGAAGGCGGAGAAGAGUCCUGUGACAUUUUUUGACACACCCCCUAUGCUUUUCGUGUUCAUUGCCCUGGGACGGUGGCUGGAACACGUGGCAAAGAGCAAAACUUCAGAAGCUCUUGCUAAACUCAUGUCUCUCCAAGCCACAGAAGCCACAGUUGUGACCCUCGGUGAGGACAACUUAAUCCUCAGAGAGGAGCAAGUGCCCAUGGAGCUGGUGCAGCGGGGUGAUGUCAUCAAGGUUGUCCCAGGGGGGAAGUUCCCAGUGGACGGGAAAGUUCUGGAAGGCAACACCAUGGCGGACGAGUCCCUCAUCACAGGGGAAGCCAUGCCUGUCACUAAGAAACCCGGGAGCAUGGUGAUCGCCGGGUCUAUAAACGCUCACGGCUCUGUGCUCAUUAAAGCCACUCACGUGGGGAACGACACUACUUUGGCUCAGAUCGUGAAACUGGUGGAAGAGGCUCAGAUGUCAAAGGCACCCAUUCAGCAGCUGGCUGACCGGUUCAGUGGCUAUUUUGUCCCGUUUAUCAUCAUCAUUUCAACUUUGACGUUGGUGGUUUGGAUUGUAAUCGGUUUUAUCGAUUUCGGUGUUGUGCAGAAAUAUUUUCCUAGCCCCAGCAAGCACAUCUCGCAGACAGAGGUGAUCAUCCGGUUCGCCUUCCAGACAUCCAUCACUGUGUUGUGCAUUGCCUGCCCCUGCUCCCUAGGGCUGGCCACACCCACGGCCGUCAUGGUGGGAACCGGGGUGGCUGCCCAGCAUGGCAUCCUCAUCAAGGGAGGCAAGCCUCUGGAGAUGGCGCACAAGAUAAAGACCGUGAUGUUUGACAAAACUGGCACCAUUACCCACGGGGUCCCCAGGGUCAUGCGAGUCCUGCUGCUUGUGGACGUGGCUACGCUGCCCCUCAGGAAGGUUCUGGCUGUGGUGGGCACUGCGGAGGCCAGCAGCGAGCACCCCCUGGGCCUGGCAGUCACCAAAUACUGUAAAGAGGAACUUGGAACAGAGACCUUGGGAUACUGCACGGACUUCCAGGCGGUGCCAGGCUGUGGAAUCGGCUGCAAAGUCAGCAAUGUGGAAGGCAUCCUGUCCCAGAGUGAGCGCCCACCGAGUGGGCAGGCUGGGCAGCUGAAUGGGAUUGGCAGCCCUCCAGGAAAAGAUGCAGCGCCCCAGACCUACUCUGUGCUGAUUGGAAACCGUGAGUGGAUGAGGCGCAACGGCUUAACCAUCUCCAGCGACGUUAGCGAUGCCAUGAUCGACCACGAGAUGAAAGGACAGACGGCCAUCCUGGUGGCGAUCGACGGUGUGCUCUGUGGGAUGAUCGCCAUCGCAGACGCUGUCAAGCCAGAGGCCGCCCUGGCGGUGCACACACUGAAAAGCAUGGGUGUGGACGUGGUCCUGAUCACAGGGGACAACCGGAAGACAGCCAGAGCCAUUGCCACCCAGGUUGGUAUCAACAAAGUCUUUGCAGAGGUGCUGCCUUCUCACAAGGUGGCCAAGGUUCAGGAGCUCCAGAAUGAAGGGAAGAAAGUCGCCAUGGUGGGAGAUGGGGUAAACGACUCCCCAGCCUUGGCCCAAGCCGAUGUGGGCAUUGCCAUCGGGACCGGCACAGACGUUGCCAUCGAGGCGGCCGAUGUGGUUCUCAUCAGAAACGACUUACUGGACGUGGUGGCCAGCAUUCACCUCUCUAAAAGGACCGUCCGCAGGAUCCGCGUCAACUUGGUGCUGGCACUGAUUUACAACAUGGUGGGGAUACCCAUCGCUGCAGGUGUCUUCAUGCCCGUCGGCAUCGUGCUGCAGCCGUGGAUGGGCUCAGCGGCCAUGGCGGCCUCCUCCGUGUCUGUGGUGCUCUCUUCUCUGCAGCUCAAGUGCUACAGGAAGCCCGAGCUGGAGAGGUACGAGGCGCAGGCCCACGGCCGCAUGAAGCCCCUGAGCGCGUCCCAGGUCAGCGUGCAUGUGGGCAUGGAUGACUGGCGGCGAGACUCCCCCAGGCCCACGCCCUGGGACCAAGUCAGCUACGUCAGCCAGGUGUCUCUGUCCUCGCUGACGUCCGACAGGCUGUCUCGGCACAGUGCCACCAUGGAUGAUGGCGGGGACAAGUGGUCUCUGCUCCUGAAUGACAGGGACGAGGAGCAGUACAUGUAAAAGCUCUGGGAGCGCAGAUCCGGGCCGGGCCUGGGCCAGCUCCUCCCGUGGGAGCUCACCUUGCCGGCUGCGGUUGAGGCAGGCAUGGUAUAAACAGCACGUGGGGGCGAAGCUUGCCCACGUUUUGGGACCUCUCGUUCCCUGGGUGUUUCCGGCGUGCCUCCCUGCCGCUCCGGGUUCUGCUGAGGUGCCGUUGGAAGGGGCUAGGUGGGACAGCCCUGUGUGGGUCCCGCUGGUGCAGGGCGGGGUCCUGGGCUUCACGUGCUGCCGGGGACGGCAGAAGAGGAGAGGAAGUCAGUGCUCCUCCCAGACCUCUGCGAUGGCACCUGGGAGGACUACUUGAGAAAUGAAGAAGCUUGCUAGGAUCAAACUCCUGGCUGGGCCUCUUAGCAGAGCUUGUAGUGAGGCUGUCUUUGACCUUGUCCGCAUGCCCUGAGACCACCGUUUACCUCAAGUUGCUGUCCGCUGGCACAGACUCUUCCUUUGCUCCCCGUCUCUGUGCUUGGUGACCUCCACACAGAGGCGGGACUGCUGCCCUCCGGCAUCUGCCCUGCUCUGGCCCAUGCACUUGGCCUGCGCCUGCUCCCUGGCCGCACCCCUGCUUGUGAGCUCACCACACCUCCUUAAUACCCAGGAGCCCGCUUCGUUGCUGAGUGGCUCCUGCAAGCCCUCCCGCAGCUGCUGUCCUGCUAGUGAGGCCUCUGAGCCUGACUAGGAGUCCAAAUUCAGCU